GUUCUAUUGGUGCCCAGAGGAGCCGCCCCGGUUGCCCGAGCCCAGCGCUAGAGGGGAGCAGAGGCCGGGGCGGAGGGUGAGGGCGGAGGGCGCUGGCGGCGGCUGCCGCGGAAGAUGAACAGCAGCUGCUCGGGGCUGAGCAGGGUCCUGGUGGCUGUGGCUACAGCCCUGGUGUCUUCCUCCUCUCUCUGCCCCCAAGCCUGGGGUCCUCCAGGUGUCCAGUAUGCGCAGCCCGGCAGGCCAGCGAUGCUGUGCUGCCCUGGAGUGAAUAGUGGGACGCCAGUGUCCUGGUUUCGGGAUGGGGAAUCAAGGCUGCUCCAGGGACCUGACUCUGGACUAGGACACAGACUGGUCUUGGCCCAGGUGGACAGUGCCGAUGAGGGGGCUUAUGUCUGCCAGACCCUGGAUGGUGUAUCUGGGGGCAUGGUGACCCUGCAGCUGGGCUCUCCCCCAGCUCGACCCAAGGUCUCCUGCCAAGCAGUGGACUAUGAAAACUUCUCCUGUACUUGGAGUCCGGGCCAGGUCAGCGGUUUGCCUACCCGCUACCUCACUUCCUACAGGAAGAAGACCCUGCCAGGAGCUGAGAGUCAGAGGGAAAGCCCAUCCACAGGGCCCUGGCCAUGCCCACAGGACCCUCUGGAGGCUUCACGAUGUGUGGUCCAUGGGGCGGAGUUCUGGAGUGAGUACCGAAUCAACGUGACUGAGGUGAACCCACUGGGGGCCAGCACCAGCCUACUGGAUGUGAGAUUACAGAGCAUCUUGCGUCCUGAUCCACCGCAGCGACUACAAGUGGAGUCAGUACCUGGCUACCCUCGGCGCCUGCUCGCCAGCUGGGCAUACCCUGCCUCCUGGCCUCGUCAACCCUACUUCCUGCUCAAGUUCCGGUUGCAAUACCGUCCAGUGCAGCAUCCAGCCUGGUCCACGGUUGAGACCAUUGGCUUGGAAGAGGUGAUAACAGACGCUGUGGCUGGGCUGCCCCACGUGGUACGAGUCAGUGCCAGGGACUUCCUGGACGCUGGCACCUGGAGUGCCUGGAGCCUGGAGGCCUGGGGUACUCCUAGCGCUGGUCCCCUGCAGGAUGACACACCCGAUGGGAGACAGGCACACAAACAGCAGCAAGAGGCAGGAGCCCAGGAGGAUGGUCCCACUUCUCCAAGGCCUUCCGUGCAACCAGACUCAAGACCGCUUGAUCACAGGGACCCCACGGAGCAAGUGGCUGUGUUAGCAUCUUUGGGGAUCUUCUCCUUCCUGGGCUUGGCUGUUGGAGCUCUGGCACUGGGGCUCUGGCUGAGGCUGCGGCAGGACGGGAAGGACAGGCCUCAGAAACCCGCCUUCUUGGCACCAAUGAUCCCGGUGGACAAGCUUCCCGGCAUUCCAAACCUGCAGAGGACCCAGGAGAACUUCAGCUGAUUUCCCCUGUAACCCGGUCAGACUUAGACCCGAGAGGUCAAAUGGACAGGCAGAAAGACACAGGGCGGUGGAUCGCUGUGGGUGGAGGUCUUAGCUGGAAGCCUGGAGCCCUUUCCUUUGAGACCCGAUAUUCCAAACUUGCUGCCAGCUGAAUGCUCUGUGGACCUCUGAUGUCAUCCUUGAGGUGGAAGUCCACUCAAGGAAUGUAUGUAUAUGUGCAUGUCUGUGUCC